UAAGGAUGCGCGAAGGAAACUGAAUCCGCUAGGGUGCCAUCUUGGGGAAGGGCGGAAGUUUUCCUGCGCGCACCAGGCGAGGAAGCCGUUACACCUGGCAACGGGGGGCUUUAGUGCGGCUGCGCGGCCGCCGCCCGUCUCCGUGGGAUGAGCUGCCUGCCGCCCUGUGCCGUGCUUGCACUCAUGGGCCUGCUCUUCGCCAGAACGAUGGCCUGGACCUCAAGUGGAAAAACACACCCUGAGCUGGUCAACAACCUCUACAAAAAAGGGAUAAUUAAAUCCCAGCGAGUCUUUGACGUGCUGCUGGCUACUGACAGAGGUCACUACAUCAAAUAUUUCCCGUACAUGGAUUCUCCUCAGUCUAUCGGAUACAAGGCUACAAUCAGUGCGCCGCAUAUGCAUGCCCACGCACUGGAGUUGCUAAAGGAUCAGCUUGUGGAAGGUGCAAAAGCGCUGGAUGUUGGAUCUGGAAGUGGAUACCUUACGGCUUGCUUUGCCAGGAUGAUGGGCCCAACAGGGAAGGCUGUGGGUGUAGAGCACAUCAAAGAGCUGGUACACGAAUCCAUCAGAAACGUCCAAGAAGAUGAUCCAACUUUGCUCAGCUCCGGCCGUGUAAAGCUUGUGGUUGGAGACGGCAGGCAGGGAUACCCCGAGGAGGCUCCUUAUGAUGCCAUUCACGUUGGAGCGGCAGCGGCAACUGUACCAAAGGAGUUGCUGAAUGAACUGAAGCCAGGAGGUCGGUUAAUAUUGCCUGUUGGUCCCGAAGGCGCAAACCAAGUUCUGAUGCAGUACGACAAAACCAGCGACGGGCAGAUCGUCGAAACGCAACUGAUGGGCGUGAUCUAUGUUCCUCUGACAGAUAAGGAAAAGCAGUGGCCUCGGGAUGAAUUCUGACAGAUGGAUGGAUGGAUGGAUAUCUCUAAAGUCACCUCAGAAAGCUCAUGAAUGGGAAUUAUGACUGUGGAGGGCCUGUACAGUUUUGCUUUUUGAACGGAAGCUUUAUCAGUGCACGUGCUCACAAAGGCAAGUUCUGCUUUAGCAGAGCUUGUUCCAGAGGGAUGGAGCGAAGGGUGUUUCUCCAGGAGCGGGGAGGCUCUCGGAGGCCACGUCUGGUUCCAGACAGUGAGUGGAUCCAGGCAACUCCAGCUAUCCUCUCUGAUAAGCUGUAGGUAACGUCUAUUCACAGAGAAUUCCAAAAGCAGACAGGAAUACCUAAACCUUCACUAAAAAUACUCUUUAAUAUUGACUACUCUGCCUAAUGCUUGAAGAAAAUAAGAUGCAAUUACUGUUUCAGAGCAGCAAUCUACCCUGAUUUGUCAAAGUUUAAUUAUGAGAGCA